UGUUCGGGAUCCUGAGUCUUGCAAGUCAUUGGAAUCACUUCUGUCUACACUCGUUUUGGUUUCAAAAGACCACUCCCACUUCUCCUUAGCACUCUGCUCAACAUCCAGCACCGCUUCAUUAUCUGUGGAGUUGACUUCAAGCUUCAGUUGUCAGGACUAACAACUGCGUUUUCUCUAGAUCGCUCUUGGCUGGUUGCAGGAUAUACUCGGAGCGUCCCGAAGUCUGUUCGACGACACCUUCAGACGAACCCUUCUUGGAAAUUUCCAACUCGAACCCAAAAGCCGUUCGCAAAGUGCUGUUAUAUUUUCGUUCUCCAUGUCGCCGUAAAUCGUCACAAAUGGAUUCAGAAGACGGGGAGUUCUUCAUCAAGCAGUUGGCCGGCUUCGUGCGCACACACGAGAAGGCGCUGGCCAACGCGCUGCAAUUUCGAAGACAACCCAAUACGGCCCGUCAUGGCACUUCUCACAGCAUCUCGGCUUUGCCUCCGACCACGCCGCUGUCACCGACCCGACCUUCGAUGCCCGAGCGGCCUUCGACAUCCUCGUCGACUAAUACCCUUGCCACAGCCUUAUCGUUCGGCUCGUUGAAUUUCACUUCGCAGAAUCUGAAGCCGGCCAAAUUGGCACUUACGCCACACCAUCUGUUCUACCUGUUGUCCCGUUUCGAGGAUAUAGGGAUCAAUGUCGGGCCCAUGAAGAUUCGUUUGGAAAGUCUUCACGACACAUCGACUAGCGCCAACUAUGUGUCGUUCCUCAGCUCCUCGCAGCGAACGCAGAGCCGCGGCUCUGAUGUCGUAUCAAUCCGCUCCGUAUCAAGCGUCAGGAGCGUCAUGUCUGGCAUGUCGGCUUUGUGGGCCAGCUUCGGCAUUGGGUCGAGUAUUUCUGCGUCUCGGAACGAGAGGCAGAAGGCUGCCGCGUUGGCUGACCUGAAAUAUCUCUACUCGGCCUUCACGAAAAUACCAUGCCUAAGACUCGCCCCAGACUGGCGUGCCAGACUGAUUCGCGGUUACGAGGAGUUCCCGUUCGAUUCCGCUGUGCCACUGUACGUCUUCAAGAACCUUCAGUCGCUGGAAAUUAGCGGGAUCGACUUCCGACAGUUCUUCGGCUGGGACCGCCUUGCAGAACAGAUCCGGUCUCUAACGCUGAAGCGUGCGAGCAUCGACGACCCCGCAGAUAUCCUUAUCGACAUUGUCAUGGACGACAUGGAGCAGCGGCGGCGUCGUUCGUCCAAGGCUCAGGCAUCCCCCACCUACCCGCAUUCUUCAAGCCCGCGGCGGAGCCCUACCACGUCCCAAGCCGAGUUUCACAAGUCUACCUCGGCCCCAGGCUCACCGGAUGCCCGUAGCUCGCUUGGCGAUCUCGCUGUCGGAUCGAUAGGAACUGACGCCACCUCACCGCAAGGUAGCCGUCGAGCGUCGGUGGUUAAGAUCGAAACAGACGAGCCAAGGUCCCCAAGCAAGUCAAACCGGCCUCGGAGUCAUUCGCCUAACCGCCCCAGUACCUCCCGCCAUCAUUCCACCAACCCAAGAGCCUCGUACAAAGUCAGACGCUCUGGGUCCGGCAGCUCGCAUUCUAGCUUGUCCGAUUCAUGGCACAAUAGCCGGAACAGUGCAUCUAAUCUAUUGGCCAUGGGUGUUCUCCCUGCCUCGAAAUGGCGUUUCCUGAAGCAUCUGAGCUUGGCCGACAACUCGUUGACGGCGAUUCCCGCCUCCAGUCUUACCCCAUUGGCCAAUACUUUGGGCUCUCUUGACCUGUCGCUAAACCUCUUCACGCAGAUUCCUGAUAGCCUGGCCACUCUGACCGCUCUGCGAGCUCUCAACCUUUCACAUUGCAUGAUAGAUUCUCUGCACUCUCUGACCCGCAACCCGCUACCUGCCCUCACCGCUCUGAAUCUGCGUGCCAACCGUCUGAAAUCCCUAGCUGGUGUUGAGAAGCUGUAUCCAUUGGAAAGAUUGGACCUCAGGGAGAACCGUUUGACGGACCCCACCGAGUUAGCACGCUUGACGGGAAUCCCAGACCUUCGCGAGAUAUGGGUUGAGGGUAACCCCUUCACGCGAACACAUCGUGAUUAUCGUGUUACCAUUUUCAACCUCUUCCGCAGAACCCCGGGAUAUACGGAAGACAUCAUUAUCGAUGCGUCAGGUCCAAGCUACUCGGAACGAAAAUAUCUCGUUGAACGUGUUGCCAUUCCCGCUGCGGUGCCAGUGGUGAAGGCACCUGUUCCAGAAGUCCCCGCCGUGGAUGUUAGCAAACCGGCGAUCGUCUAUGAUGUGCCCAAGGAACAAUCUGACCUGCGAAAGGAGCGGCCUACACCCAAAGCUGUUGCUAGCGAGGUCAACACGAGCUCGACGCGGCGCCGGCGGACGCCAAAGCGAAGGAUCGUUGAUCUAGCCACCAAUGACGCAGUCGCCACGACGAUCCAGGCUCAGGGACUCGAACAGCUCGCAGCUGAAGCCACAGCUGCCGCUGUCGGCUCGGAGAGUAACUACCGCAUCUCCCAUGCACCAGAAGUCCAGAAAUUCUCUUCGCUGCUCACAGAGACGAGAUCCUCAUCUUUAAUGGGCCCUCCCGAAGUGCCUCGCAUCGAUACAAGCGUCGUAUCUCAGACACCAAUGAGUUUUUCAAGUACAGAGACGCCGAUCUCUUGGAAAGGCGCCCAGGAUUGGAAUACCAGUGGUGAAAUGUACCGACAAAAGAUAGAGGCCUUGCGGGACAAAAUGGGCAAUGGCUACCUGAGCGUUCUUAACGAGGAAAGCUGGGAGUCCCCACGGCCGGCCACAUACGUGGGUGACUACAGCCAAGCUUCUGCUAUUCGACCAAGUCCCACGACUCCACGAACAACCAGUGCGCAGACCAUUCAUAGUGGCCGUACCCUGGGGUAACGGAAACCCACAGGUCUGGCCACUCUCCUCAUCCUUUCUCUCCAGGCCACUUGUCGGUCAAAUUUGUCACAAACAUACCCCGAUGGUGUUUGACGUGUCCUAUACACGCAUCUACACACCCUCAUA